CCACUCUCUUUUCCCUGACAUGGGCUGCCUGGUGGCCCUACCUCUCGCCUACCUGGCCCACUUGCUGGCCACCACAAUUGCCUCAGAGCGCCAAAUGCAUCGCAUGCAGUAUGGCCCCUGCAGCUACACCUUCAUCCUCCCUGAGAUGGAGCAUUGCCAUCCCCUAAAAGAUUUCCAGGUCACCAACGCUCUCCAGCGGGACUCACCAUCUGAGGCAGAGCAUGUCUCAAGCCAGUUCAAGCAGGGUAAGGCCCAAAAGGAGAGGCCUUCUUGGCAGGAGAAGAAGCUGGUGCGGCUGGAGAGUGCUAUGGAGAAUAACACCCAGUGGCUGCAGAAGCUGGAGAAUUUCAUCCAGGAGAAUGUGCACUCUGGGAUGGAGGAAAUGAAGAGAACAGUAGUGGACACCCAGACAGCUGCCAUGCUUGAGAUGAGAACCAAUCUUCUAAACCAAUCAGUGGAGCAGACUCGCAAACUGACAGACGUGGAAACCCAGGUGUUAAACCAGACAAGUCACUUUGAGAUCCAGCUGCUUGAGUACUCGCUCUUCACUAACCAGCUGGAGAAACAUAUUCUCCUGCAGACUCAGCAAAUUUCACGCCUCAGUGAGAAAAACAGUUUUCUAGAACAAAGGCUCUUAGCUGUGGAAGUUCGGUACGGGCAGGAGCUGCAAGGCUUGCAGACUGAAAAGCAGAAGCUUCAAGAGCUUCUGGAGAAGCAGAAUCAACUGGUUAAUCAGCUCCAGGGUAAACUGGGCAGCUCAACACUCAACAGCACCUUACUUCAGAGACAUCAGGUCUUGCUCACAGACACUGUUCAACAGCUGCUCGCUAUGGUUAACCACUGCAAUGAAAUCUCCAAUAUGCCCAAGGAGGAGCCAAUUAAUUUCAGGGACUGUGCGGAGAUCCUGCGCUCUGGAGUUACAGAGAGUGGGAUAUACAGCAUACGCCUCCCAAACUCCACCCAGACUGUCAAGGUGUUCUGUGAAAUGCAGACUAGAGGUGGUGGGUGGACUGUGCUGCAGCAUCGGAGAAACGGCUCUGUUGACUUCCAUCGUGGAUGGAGAGAGUACAAAAUAGGCUUUGGAGAGCCAUCUGGGGAACACUGGCUGGGGAAUGAUAUUAUACACAAACUGACCCGCUCCCAGGAAUACAGUCUGCAUAUUCAGCUAAAAGACAAAGAAGGGAAUGAAGUCUUCUCACAUUAUGAUCAUUUCUACAUUGAUGGAGAGGACAAUAACUACAGUCUCCAUGCAGAGGGUUUCACUGGCACAGCUGGACGGACAAGCAGCCUUACCCACACUGGCACCCAGUUCAGCACCAAGGACAGAGAUAAUGACCGCUGCACCUGCAAAUGUGCACAGCUUGCAUCUGGAGGUUGGUGGUUUGAGGCUUGCGGUCCGUCCAACCUGAAUGGUAUAUAUUAUCCUGCCUCAUCCAGUGUGGUUCGCUACAAUGGCAUUAAGUGGUACUAUUGGAAGGGACCAAAUCUGAGGGCUACUAUGACAACCAUGAUGGUGCGCCCUACAUACUUCUGAUGUUAGAUUGCAAAGGGAAUGUCAUGAAUAUAAUGAACAAUAUCCACAAAAUGGAUAUUGACACUUUUGAAUUUUGGAAGAAAAUUCAAAACAAACUGUUGGUGGUUUUAACUUCUGGACACCUUGGAGGCAUGAUAUAACUGUCUGGGAUGUAUUCAGAUUUUCAGUAAAUUUUGAGUGAGGAAUUUCACACAGGUUCCCAAAAUAUAUUUUAGUUAUGACUGUUCAGCUAAGAGAGAAAGGAGAUAUAUGGUGUUAACUUUGCUAUUGAUGGCAAAACACAAAUGAUCUAAUCACAUUCUGCAGUGACAUAGGACCAGUUAUUCAAAACAACUUAAACUGAAUGAAUACAACUGAUUAA